AUGACGUCCUACUACGACGGUGUGGGUUUUCUGGCCAUCUGCGGCAAGGCCGAGUCGCCCGAGCCGCUGCAAUUUGUGCCCCAGCCCCGGGUUGCGCCCCCCAGACGAACCCGACUCAAUGAGUUUGCGCCGUAUCCGACUUUCCGACACACUCCGGCUGUGCUCCAACGGCCCAACCAGCACCCGUAUCUCACCCAUCAACCGGCGCACUACACGCCCCAUGGGAUCGCGGCGUCCGGACCCAGCGGAGGACCCGGAGGACCCGCUCCUGGGCCUGGAGGAGGCCCCCCACCAGCUCCACCACAGCAGCAGGUCCAGCAGCAGCAGGUCCAGCAGAUGCCUGUGGCGUCGCAGAGCCCCGUGAGCCAGCAUUUGGGCGGGGCCCCCGCAGGAACGCCUCCCCUGACCGCGGCCAUGUCACCCGUGCCACGUCAGCAGCUCCCUCGGGCUCCUCAGCAGCAAGUGGGGACUCCUGGCGGCGCCGGGUUCUCAGCUGAGGUGGCAGUCGCCGUGGGGGCCCAGCAGUCGCCCGAGGGCCUGAUGCACGGGACUCGGGCCACCCCGUCGCCCAACAUGCGGGCGCUGUCCAUGACGCCCCGGCGAGACUCGUUGCCCGGUAACACGAGCUCCGGGUCGGCCACCCCUCGACACUCGGCGUCCGCGCACAAGUCCGGCCGCAUCUCCACGGCCAUGCAUCCGGACCCCAAGCAGCAGUACAAGACGGAGGAGUGCAACAUUUGCGGCCGGCCAUUCAAGGGUCCCAAGGCCAGUACGCACAAGCAGCAGCACAUUCGACGGCUGCAUCCAGAGUCGUACAUGCCCAAAAGAGGCGGCAAGAAAAAGGUGGAUAAUCGAGAAAACAGUGUGGAGAGCAUGCCACCUAGCCAGAGCCAGAGCCCGCAGCAGAGUGGUGGAGGAGGGUUUUAUUCGGGAGAUUUGGCAAACGUGGCGAACGUGGCGAAUGCAGCGAUGCAAUUUCCUCAGUAA